AUACUAAGUACACAAUAUUAUUGGAAAUUUAUUUCAUUAUAUCAUACUCAAUUUUUAAAUGGUAUUAAUAUCUAAUAAUAUUAUAAUAUUAAAAAUUUUUGUAUUCGGCGGCCAGUGAUAAUGUGAAAUGUGUUGAUUAUUCCAAGCCAAAUUGAUAUGAUAUUUUUCUUUCAUGAUAGUGAUAUAAACCGUUUUUUUUCGACUGUCUGGUCUAUUGCACAGGCGCAUUGAGUCGUUGUAGUCUUCCCGGACUACUUACAUUUUCGUAUUGUUCCGUGUUCGAAAAUUGUUGUGGCUGUUUGUCAACCAUGUUGGUUUUGUUUAACGUUUUUGUUAUUCUCAAUGGUCUAUCUAAUGUUUUAUUACUACUGCAGACUGUAUAGUACCUCGUUUAACAUUUAAAAAAGAAAAUUAUAAUUUAUUUUUCUACUGUUGAUUAGUAACAAAGAUUAUACUAUUUAAAACCAAAUAUCGAUAGAAACAUAUGAAAAACUCUUACAACUUAUUUAAGCAUAACUAUUUCACUAAAAGAAAUAUGUCUUCUUUUACAUUAUUUUUAUGGGAAAAUACAAUGUUUGUUAACUGUUUGAUUCCGACGGGUGAGACCGAACUAAAAAUGAUGGUGACUCUACCAUCUCCAUUUAACAAGUUGCACAGAAUAAACUUGUGUCGAAGCCCAGAAGAUACAAUAAGAAUAUUUAUUGACAGACUUGUUUUAAAGUUAUCGAAAACUCAACGCAAAGUUAGUGAUAGUGAAAAGCUUAAGAGAAAUUGUGUAGAAAUAAAAGUGAAUGGAAUCAAAGUACCAUAUACUUCUAAAUGCUAUGAAAUAUUUGAGGAAUUUAAAGCAAAUAUUACCCUUGAAAUUAAAGAUCAUACGUAUACAGUAAUAGUUAAUGCACCAAUAAUCAACGAAUUAAAAUUGAGAAUUCCUCCAUAUCAAGGAUUAAUGAUAUAUCCCUAUGGAUUUGAUCAGGGAUAUAAUGUCUCUGUUAUGGAUACUGAAUAUUCGUGGUACAGAAUUGAUUCAAAAAAAGAAAUUAAAGUGGGCGAUUAUAUGACUUAUGAACCUACUGCCGAGGAUGUUAAUUGUCGUCUAAAAUUGGUUUGUAGUCCUUUUAAUGACAUGCGGCAACCUGGACCUACAGCAGAAAUAAUAUCUUCAACAGUCUCAGAAAAUACCAUUGAAAGAUACCCAUUUCAAAGAAGAUCAAUAAUAAAUCUAUAUCGCAAUAGGAAAAGUUUCAGAGUUGUGUCAUACAAUAUACUCGCUGGAGAAUAUACAAAAACUAAGGAAGCAAAAAAUGAAAUGUAUCCAUAUUGUCCAGAAGAAAUUUUAGCGUCCAGUUAUCGGCACCCUCUUGUAAUGAGUGAACUUCAAGCGUACCAUGCAGAUAUAAUUUGUUUGCAAGAAGUGGAUAAGCUUUUUUUUCAUAGAGAGUUGUGUCUUAUUUUAGAACAAUACGGUCAUAUGACUGGAUUAUAUUUUAAAAAGAAUGGCCGUAGGAAUGAAGGCCUGUGUUGUUUUUAUAAUACUAAUACAUUUGCUUUAUUAGAACAAUUUGAUAUUAGUUUGAAUGACCUGACUACUAUAGAAUUGUACUGCGGACCUAUUAUAAAAGAAAUUAUGAAAGAUGAAAAAUGGAAACAAGGAUUAGAAAAAAGAACUGUUUUCCAAGUCUUAGCUUUAGAAUUGAAUUCUGACUAUAAACAAAUAUUAUUAGUAUGCAAUACUCAUUUGAUAUCUGAUCCAGAAGGUGAUUUUAUUAGAUUGUUUCAAGCGUUAAUUGAACUAAUUAUUAUUAAUAAAAUAAAACAAAAUAUCACCAAGGAUUAUCCCGAGAGCAAUGUAUCGGUUAUAUUCUGUGGAGAUUUCAACAGUACACCUGAAAGUGGUGUUAAUGAUUUAGUCACCAAUUUAUUAUUACCAGAAGAACAUAGAACGGUAAAAAUGCUAAACGAUUUAAAAAGUAAUCUUGACUUUAAAAUGGAUAGUGCAUAUGAUACUGAUGUCCUGUACAGUAAUUAUACUGAAACUUUUUCCGGUCUUUUAGAUCAUAUAUACUUUACAAAUCAACAUCUCUACCUUAAUGAGGUAAAAAAUAUUAUGCGAAAAUAUUUUUUUCAGAUUGUAUCACAUGAUGAUGUUAUCCAAUAUGGAGGAAUUCCGAGCGUAUUAUUUCCUUCAGAUCAUUUAGCUUUAAUUGCAGACUUCGAUGUAAAAUAAUUUAUCUAUUUUAUAAUGAUAUUUUCUUUUAUUAUAUUUAUAUUUUUUAAAUAAUAUUUUAAUAGUACCUUUAAUUUUGUGUAAUGUUUAUUAUAGUGUUACAAUAACUGUAAAAUUUAAGUAUAUUUUAAAGAUCCGAUUUGUUCUUAUUUUGAAUAGUUUCUGUAUGUAUACAGAUAGGGCCUGGAUUUAUAUGAAAAAAAAAUCCUAAUAUUUAACCAUGUCACUUAUUUCUAUUUUUGGUGUAUGUUAAAAACAUAUAUGCCCAGCGGACCCUUAAUGUUUCUUGUGUGUAUCUGGCUCUGAUUAGUUCUCCAAAGUCUAACACCAUCUACUCUAAUAAAUGGAAUGGCGGAGGAAGUUUUUUUUGACCAUUUAAUAGUCUUAACGCGCAGCAACUGUGCAUUUACCAUUUUACUAACUUGGUGUGUUUGUGUUUAUUGACACUAUAUUCAUAAUCAGAGCCCUUGCACAAUCUUGGAAUUAUUGUAAAAAUAAAUCAAAACAUUCAUUUUAAGUUGUAACUAAAAUUAAUGUUUAUAUUAAGUAUAAAACUUAUGUAUUUAGAACUAAGUAUGUAAAAAUAUGAAACUAUAAAUUUUAGCAUUAUCAUCUGUACAUGAAAUGUUGAAAUGCAUAGAUUUCUAAGAAGAUGCUAUUUUUUACAUCUGUUUAUUCUAUUUAACACAGUAAAUUUAUAUAUAUUUUUAA